CUGGAGUGAUAGCCUGGUUGCCAUGGUGAUCGUCCUGCAGCAGCAUAGUAACAACCUCAGCACCGGCCACAGCUCCGUGUCGGACCCCGCCGCCGGCGGGCUGAGCCGGGCGCAUCACACCGCUGCAGCCGUAGUCCUCGGGUUCAUCCUGGUCCUGGGCUUCCUCGGUAACCUACUCGUGCUCCUGGUGUUCUCGCGCUUCCCCGGACUGGUGACUCCGGUGAACUUGCUGCUGAUCAACAUCAGCGCCAGCGACAUGCUCGUCUGCAUCUUCGGAACUCCCCUCAGCUUCGCGGCCAACGUGCGCGGCCGGUGGCUGACCGGCUCCUACGGGUGCCGAUGGUACGGUUUCUCCAACGCGUUUUUCGGUGUAGUAUCUCUGGUGUCUCUGUCUCUGCUGUCCUUUGAGCGGUACUCUGUGGUGCUCGGCAGAACUCAGUCGGACUCUUCUCAGUACUGCAGGGCCAGGCUUGCUGUCGCGGCCUCCUGGCUUUACUCGCUGAUCUGGACUCUGCCACCGCUGCUGGGCUGGAGCAGCUAUGGCCCAGAGGGUCCUGGCACCAUCUGCUCCAUCCAAUGGCACCAGCGCUCAACGACAGCUCGCUCCUACAUCAGCUGUUUGUUCAUCUUUUGCCUGCUGCUGCCGCUGCUGCUCAUGUUCUUCUGCUACGGGAGGAUCCUGCUGGCUGUGCGAGCAGUGGAGAGACAGGUCACCAGGGUCAACCAGUCCUCAGCUGAGCGGAGGGAAGUCCGUUUCCUUGUAAUGGUGGUCUCCAUGGUGACUAGCUACCUAUUGUGCUGGAUGCCAUACGGAGUUGUUGCGAUGCUCGCCUCCUUUGGACAGCCCGGCAUUGUGCCGCCUGCAGCCAGUUUAAUCCCGUCCCUGCUGGCAAAGACCAGCACUGUCCUCAACCCUGUUAUUUAUGUGCUGCUCAACAAACGGUUCUCCAGGUGUUUCCUGUACAUGAUCAGGUGCAGCUCAGAAGGUGCCAUGUUCACAUCCAGGGCCCAACAGGUACAGCGGCCCGCUCUGGUGCUAGUGGCUCAAUAUUCAACAUAGAGGUCAAAGGUCACCC